GCCGCCCGUCGCGCACGUCCAUUUUCAGGUAGUGCUUCUAGUCUAGUUAGUCGAUGCGUAGUCGAUAGUCGUCGAUUGUCUGAACCAGCGAGGGGUGCUUCUCGCGGGUGGGCCCAUGGAAGAGGAGUCCUCCUCUUCCGUGAACAUGCCCAGCCCGCGGGUCGCUGAGAUCAUACCCUUUUCACCUGAUCCGGGUAAAACCGGCGGAGGGACUGCUGUGAUGUACUUGGAGCUCAAUACGUGUCUUGUCCUGGCAGCAGCCUAACCAUCAUCAUGUUCGCCCUCGCCCGCUCGUCGCUCGCUGCUCGCUGCAUGUCCACUGUGGGCCCGCAUGCGCCCAAGAUUGUCCGCGCCGGCAAUGGACGGGUUCCGGACGAAGCGUGGCAAAAGGCCAACAACGCGCGUUCGACGCCCUUCGACGGCUACACCUUUGCCCCUGUCAAGGAGGCGGAGGUGUCCCGCGAAAUGACCACCCGUUACAUGAAGGACAUGUACGACUUUGCGGACUCGGAUGUCAUCAUCGCGGGCGCCGGGUCCGCCGGCCUCUGCGCCGCGUACGAACUCUCCAAGUACCCAAACAUCCGCGUCGCCAUCAUUGAGCAAAGCGUCGCGCCCGGCGGCGGCGCGUGGCUCGGCGGCCAGCUCUUCUCGUCCAUGAUUGUCCGCAAGCCCGCGCACCACUUUUUGGACGAGCUCGAGAUCCCGUACGACGUCAAGGAAGACCACGUCGUCAUCAAGCACGCGGCGCUCUUCACGUCGACCGUCAUGUCCAAGGUGCUCAAGGCCGACAACAUCAAGCUCUUCAACGCGACGGCCAUCGAAGAUCUCAUCAUCAAGAACGGUCGCGUCGGCGGUGUCGUCACCAACUGGACGCUCGUGACCCUCAACCACGGCACGCAGUCGUGCAUGGACCCGAACGUCAUGGAAGGCAAGGUCUUGAUCAGCGCGUGCGGCCACGACGGCCCCAUGGGCGCCUCGGGCGUCAAGCGCCUCCAGAACAUCGGCAUGGUCGAGAACAUCCCCGGCAUGGGCCCGCUCGACAUGGGCGCGGCCGAAGACGCGAUUGUCGCCGGCACCAAGGAGAUCGUCCCCGGCAUGAUUGUCGCCGGUAUGGAAGUGGCCGAGCUCGACGGCGCGCCGCGCAUGGGCCCCACCUUUGGCGGCAUGAUGAUCUCGGGCCAGAAGGCGGCGCACUUGGCGCUCGAAGCGCUCGGCAUCAAGAGCCACAUCAACCCCAACAUGUCGUUUGCCAUGUCGCCGGUCCGCAAGGCCGCGUAAGAACUAGUAGUUUUGUCGUACGAGGCAGCGUAAUGAAAUCUUCUUGUUGCCAA